AUGAAAUAUGCACCUCAGUAUGCACCAAAACCAGCAUACUAUCCAACGUACAAACCCAAGACGACAUACCCAUCUAAGUAUGCACCAAAACCAGCAUACUAUCCAACGUACAAACCUAAGACGACAUACCCAUCUAAGUACGCACCAAAAACAGCAUAUUAUCCAACGUACAAACCUAAGACGACAUACCCAUCUAAGUAUGCACCAAAACCAGCAUAUUAUCCAACGUACAAACCUAAGACGACAUACCCAUCUAAGUACGCACCAAAACCAGCAUAUUAUCCAACGUACAAACCUAAGACGACAUACUCAUCUAAGUACGCACCAAAACCAGCGUAUUAUCCAACGUACAAACCUGAGGUUAAAUACGCACCAAAACCAGCGUAUUAUCCAGAGUACAAACCUAAGAUGAAAUAUGCGCCUAAGAAAAACAUCUUAAAACUCAAUCAUGCCAAAACUUCUACGGCAAUUUUGAAACAUUCGAGCGAACAGACCAAAUUACACGCAUCAAAAGAUUAUGCACCAUCCACAUAUGAUGACUCGUAUACAAGUAAAUAUAACCCUAAGGGAAAGUAUGUAAACUUGCACCAUGUCAAAACAAAGACGGCAGUAUUAAACCACGCAAGCGAACUAACAAAUUUGAAAGCUUCAAAAUCUUACAAUCCCUCUAAGAAUACAUAUGCACCUUCAUAUGGCCAUGACGACUCAUAUAACCCUACUUAUGACACAAAGGGAAAAUAUGUAAAACUGCACCAUGUUAAAACAAAGACACAGGUAUUGAAACAUGCCAGCGAAUUAACAAAUUUGAAAGCUUCAAAAUCUUACAAUCCAUCUAAGAACGCAUAUGCACCUGCAUAUGGCCAUGAUGACUCGUAUCAACCUAAUUAUGACCCAAAAGGAAAAUAUGUAAAACUGAACCAUCUUAAAACAAAGACACAGGUAUUGAAUCAUGCCAGCGAACUAACUAGUUUAAAAGCAUCGAAAUCUUACAAUCUACCUAAGAAUGCAUAUGCACCUUCAUACGGCCAUGACGACUCAUAUAAACCUAACUACAAUAAAAAGGGAAAAUAUGUAAACUUGCACCAUGUUAAAACAAAGACACAAGUAUUGAAUCAUGCCAGCGAAUUAACAAAUUUGAAAGCAUCAAAAUCUUACAAUCCAUCUCAAAACGCAUAUGCACCUGCAUAUGGCCAUGACGACUCGUACCAACCUAACUAUGACACAAAAGGAAAAUAUGUAAAACUGAACCAACUUAAAACAAAGACACAGGUAUUGAAUCAUGCCAGCGAACUAACUAAUUUGAAAGCAUCGAAAUCUUACAAUCCAUCUUAUAAAGCAUAUGCACCUGCAUACGGUCAUGACGACUCAUAUAAACCUAACUAUAAGAAAAAGGGAAAAUAUGUAAACUUGCACCAUGUUAAAACAAAGACACAGGUAUUGAAUCAUGCCAGUGAAUUAACGAAUUUGAAAGCAUCAAAAUCGUAUGCACCAUCAAAAAAGGCAUAUCCACCAACAUAUAACGCCCCAAAACUGUAUGCACCACAAUACAAAGCUAAAUACCAACCAAACACUUACAACAAAUACCAGUGA